CGGCAGGAUUUGGAACGUACCUUCAAUGGCAGACUUGUCAUGUUGAUUCCAAGAUUUCUUAAUUUAUUAGCCAAAGUAAUGUGUUUUAUUACGCAUUGAUUACAUUAGGCGCCGAAUAAACACUUAUUACGUUUGUAUUCAUUGAAUAAAUACACGUGAGUGUGUGUGAAAGUGGACUUAAAGUGUUUAACCGCGGAAUAAAUAUAAGAAAAAUAUCGUUGCAUUAAAGUAUCUUAGAAUCGAUAUAACUACGAAAAUAUUAUUCGCUUCACCGCGAAUUCAUUAUCGCUAUGUCAACAAAAUUAUGAGUUAACCGCUAAGAGCAGGAGUCACAAUGUCCCUCGAGCGCGACAGUAUGGGUGUGAUGCCCAACGCAGGUGUGGGGGCCUCUGACCCCCGAUCUCAGCUGCACCAGGAGAUGAGGGAGCAGAACUUUGAUCUCAUCAGAUUUGCAUCAUACCGAACUGCUUGCAAACUCCGAUAUGUCCAGAAGAAGUGUAACUUACAUGUAAUAGACAUAUGGAACGUAAUAGAGGCAUUCAGAGAGAAUGCUCUGAACACUCUUGAGCCCAACGCCUGUGUGAAUGUCACUAGGCUGGAGACGCUGGUGUCCUCGCUGUACCAUAACCUGAACAAGCGUUUGCCUCCAGCACAUCAGGUGUCGGUGGAGGCAUGCUCGGCGUUGCUGCUGAAUUGGUUGCUGUCGGCUUAUAGCACUGGAGAGAAUGUUGGCAAAAUAAGGGUGUUCUCAAUAAAAGUUGCAUUGGCUACGAUGUGUGCAGGAAAGCUAAUGGAUAAAUUACGAUAUAUCUUCUCCCAACUUUCUGACGGCAACGGCCACCUAUUGAUGAAGAGGCUAUCGGACUACCUAAGAGAAGUGCUGGCUCUGCCGGCGGCCGUGUAUGAGUCCCCGUCGUUCAGCUACGAUGAUUCGUUGGCGUUGUCUAUAUUCAACCAGAACGGCAAGAUAACUGUGAACGAUUUCCUGGACACUUUGAUGUCUGAUCCCGGUCCGCCUUGUCUUGUUUGGCUUCCACUACUUCAUAGACUGGCAAGCGUUGAAAAUGUGGUCCACCCGCUGGCCUGCUCCGCGUGUCGCCUCAGCUCCCUGACCGGUUUCCGUUACCGCUGCGCGCGCUGUGCCAACUACACACUUUGUCAGGACUGCUUCUGGCGCGGCAGAGUCUCCCAGGGCCACACCAACGAGCACGAGGUCAAGGAAUACUCGCAUUAUAAAUCUCCAUCAAAGCAAAUCGGAGCAACGCUGCGCAAGUCAUUCCGGUGUGUACCCGAACGGGCUCGAACCCAGGUCCCUCGCUACCCUGACCGCCCGGAGCGCACCCUCAACCUCAGUCAUAUCGUACCUCCCUCUCCCGUACCGGCACACAACGGUUUUCCGGAAUAUGCGCCGGGAUACGUCAACACGGGCUCAUUGGAUUCCCGAUCGUCUAGGUCUACCCAUCGCAGCAUAGCAGAGCAUUUGUCGCGUGGGGUGGACGACGAGCACCGACUGAUCGCGCGAUACGCCGCGCGAUUGGCGCAUGAAAAUCGCACUAUGCCGCGAGCAGGGCGGUCAGCGUCGCUUACUCCAGAACUUGGUCGAUCGUCAUCAGAAGGAUCUGAAGUAGACGCGGCGCGGCAGCAGCGCGAACUGAUCUCGCAACUCGAGGCUAAGAAUAGGGAGAUUAUGAGGGAAAUUGCGAGGCUCAGACGUCAACAAGAAGCUGAGGCCUCAGCUAGUGGUUCAGGCUCAGCCCCUCCAUUAGUUUCCGAACUUCGGGCCCUUCGACAAAGGAAAGAUGAGCUCGAGGGACAUCUGUCCUCGCUGCAGGAGUCCCGGAAACACCUCAUGCAGCAGCUCGAGGGGCUCAUGAGGAUGCUCAAGACGCAGCAGUCCUCGCCGCGCUCGACCCCCAACUCUUCACCCCGCUCGACCAAGAGCCCGCCGCUGCCGGGCGCUCAGCCUCAACCUACGGCACCGGAAAGGGAGACAAGCUCCCGCGGAACGGUGCGCAGCGCGCCGCAAACGCCAUCUCUCGGCGAGAGGGAACGCAUCGACAUGACGCACAGUCUUGGAGGAAUGGAAAGUAUGGGAGGCGACGGCAGAACCUUCCAUCAAAACCAAAGACCAACUACCAUGGGCAUAGACAACAGAAGCCUGCGGAGCGACCUACUGUACGCGGCGGACUCUGUCACCAACGCCAUGUCGACGCUCGUUCGAGAACUCAACUCCGAGGGCUCCGAUACUGAAGACACUAUCAAAGGGGCAGUUGGACCGAGAAAGCAGAGAGAUUUCGAAGAAGACGAUGACAGCGACGAACCGAUGCCGCGGCCGCAGCCGCCGCGCCACUACCUGCACGACAACAAUGUGCAGAGCAUAGCAGCUAGUGUUGAGACACAAUCUUAAGUUUUUUGCCAGUAUUCUAGAUCAGGACACCCCUCCACCACUCCCGGCGCGCACCGGCCACUACUUCCCAAGGACAUAGUGUAACUAAUUAUUACAUUUAGAUAUGAACGUUGACUUUUAAACCCGAAGCUUGAACUGUUCUCGAGUUUUUUGAGUAUUAUCUGGUUUUUAUCUUAGUCAAAAAGACCAGGCGAAACAUUAAAAUAAUACCUCUUGCCUGAGGCUCUUUUCGGAUCGGAAUCGAUGUGGGGCUACCAGAUCCGUUGUCAGGUUUCGAGAGUGCUUUAUAGAAAUUGGGAUUCCGAGUUUAAAUUCGGCCUGGACACCUAAAACAUAUUUUACAGUACAUAUGGGGCUACUUUAUAGCACUAGUGCGAGAAGUAGCAUAUUACGUUACUGUGUCGAACAUUUAAAGGGCCAUAUGUACUGUAAAACGUUGUACGAUACAUGUGCGAAUAGGUAAUUCGCAACUCGUGUCGAUUUAAAACACUCCCUUCGGUCGUGUUUUAAUUUAUCGCCACUCGUUUCGAAUUUCCUAUUUUUCGCACUUGUAUCGUAAUGUACUAUAAAACUACAUAGAUGUAUUUUUUGCAAAUUGAAGUAAAUGGAACUUUAUAUUUUUUCAUCAUACUUGCUUGUAAACGGUGUUAUUGCCAGCAUACUGAGAUGAGCUAUAAUAUGCUCACGGGUGUAAUAGAUUUUUUAUAUAUUUCAUUAUGCCCAUGGGCAUAUUUUUUAAUUAUCUCAACAAUUAAACGAACCAAGUAGAUUUAAAUGGUUUUACUUUUAAAAUACUGACGUUUAUAAUUUAAUAUUUUUGUUUGUUAAAAAGAUUUAAUUUUGAUGAAUUUAAUAGCCGUUUAUCAUAUUUUUUACACAAUUUCAAUCGUAGCUAAAUGCCGGAUGGAUCUGUGCCUUCGAUGCCUAACCUGUCAAAAAAUUACAAUAUGGCGGACUAAUGUACGAAAUGUCACCGUAUUUAUAUGAUUAAAUUUAGUUUUUUCCUCACAUGUGUGAUGAAAAACAUUGGAAUUACGAACUGCUGUUCGGCUUUUCGGCCUUCGGCUUCGGGCUUAAUUAACACUUGUUCGUAAAUUCUUUGUUACCGUCCUUAAUACACAAUGUACUAUUACGCAUCCUCAUUUUAACUCUUUCAAUGCUAUUGAUUUGAUGUACUCCAAUCCAGUUCAUAUGUAGCAAAUAAAGUAAUAUCAAACGAUAAGUCGAUUUAUAAAAAUAGAAUAGGUAAUUAUAAUUAAAAUACCGGAGCGGGACAAUGUUCAGUUCUGAUUGAAUAUUCUAAACAUCGCGACAUCAAUUUCCAUGGAUUAAAAUCGGGAAGUCCCGAAAAAUACACCUGGCAACCCUACAUCGAGUUCACUGGUUUUUAAGCAUAUUUAUAUUUAAAAACCGAUUUUUAUCAUUAAGCUCUUGUAACGGUCAAAAAUGUGGUCAAGAGUGGAAAAAUUACUGCAAAUGUUUCUUCCCAGCGCUAAGAAAAAGUUCCUGUCCGUAGAAUACUACUAAUGGAAUAUUCGAGACUUCUAUCAAUUGGUAGUCGCGAAAAACUACAACUGUGACAUGAUUUUCAAAUCAACUAUUAUUUCUUGUAAGAAUUUUGAAACUAACCCAAUUUUAGGUGAAUGCGGCGCCAACUAAUCUAACAGUUUAACCCUUUAACGGUCAGACGAUUCUCAGAAAUUACAAAAUAUUGAACCCUGUCGUUUUGAAAUGAAGUUUAAAAUCAUUGUUAUAGGAUGGUCAUUUUUGCUGUACAAAAUCGAAGUUUGCCCGUUAAAGGGUUAAAUUAAUUUUGAACAAGCAGAAACGUCUGCGAACGAUGCUAUUAAGCUUAGAAUAAAUUUAAAAGUGGAAAGAUUACUGCCUUGGAUGAGACUUGAUCCAGAGGCCGUCAGUUUCAAGUCUCUGAUGAAUUUCCAAUAUGACUUGGGGCUCCUCUAAAAAAAUAUCUUCGGCCUCUAGUGUCCCCUAGACCCAUAUGGUGGGAAAAUUUGCUGGCUAUGGAUGAGGUCUUGGUGGCUUAGUUGGCAGAGCGCUGGAGUAUCGGUCCAGAGGUUGCGAGUUCAAGUCUCACUCAAGGGAAUAAUUCUUCCAUCUUUAAAUGUGUUCUGGGCUUAAUCUAAAACUCUUCCCGGCCCUUUUACCUGGGAACCUCACAAAUGUGCCGCUAGUUACUUUAGCUUUGUGAUUGUCAAACAGGUUGAAAUCAAAGCAAUUUUAAUAUGAACUUAUUCGUAUGCGAUUUUAAAGGUGCCCCCUAUUUGUUAUGGGCGUGUUAAAAUUAAUGUUUUAGAUAUAUAUUGUCUAUGUACUUAAAUGUCUGAGGUUUAAAGCAUAGACAAAGUAAUAGUAAGACGAGUAAAGUUGUGCAAAAUAUUGUAGCCGCAGACAUCUAAGUAGAUGGCGCUGUCUGGCUCAGUACAUAUGUAUGCGGUUAGUAGGUUGUCAAGCGUGAAACAAUGAUUAAAAAUACAGACUUAAUUAUUUAUUUUAUCAAGCGUUAACGUUUGAUAAUCUAGCUAAAAUUAAAAACUUUUCGAGCACUUUAGUACGGUCGCAUUUUUAUCGUCUAUCACCAUGCCUGUCACGUUCUAACAAGUAUGUAAGUGCGAAAGUGACAGGCAUAGUGACAAGCAAUAAAAAUGGAACCGUGUUGCUACCGCAGUAGUUACCACGAAUCAUACCGAUUUAGAGCGCCAUCUGUAUUUCGAAAAUUGAUGUCACAAUUUGUUGUACUACUUUACGCUUCUUUGUGUAUGGAAGAGACUAAAUUAGUCCUGUUCCUUGUAUUGCAAUAAUGUAAACCUAUCCGUGAUGAAACUACGCUAUUGAAUUCUUCCUGAAAUAGAAAGCUAAUUCUAAGACGCGUAAAGUAAGUCCUAUUCCUGCAAUAACGUCACCCUAGUUCACAAUUGUUUUAUUUCGGCGAAAACUUUGUUGCAAUUAGUACCAUAGUGCGCUAACAAAAGGUCUAUAUUACAACCAAAUUUUUCGCGUAAUUAGUACGAUUGAGAACAGCCGGGCUAACACAUGAUUAGCGCGACAGUAUCUCGCGGCGAGAUAGACUACCCGUCCCUCUUUAAUUAACAUAGUUAGAAAAAGACGGGUAGUCUAUCUCGCCGCGAGAUACUGUCGCGCCAAUAAUGUGCUAGGCCUACUGGGGUAGCAUAAUUUGGACGUGUUGAAGAAUUCAAAGGAAAAAAUGGCAUAAUCUCGUUUUUAAAACGAGAUUAAAUCAUUAAUUAAAAUAGGCAAAGUAAUAAGGAAACGCAUAGUGUGGGGCAAAUGAUUGUAUAACCACAUUGUCAAGCCUUUAGGUUUCACAAUCUAGUUAGGUACCACAUAAACUAUGACGCCGUACAGCGCCAUCUAGAACAGUUUUCAAAAACUGCGGCUUCGUUUUGCAUCAAUUUGGCGAGUCUUCUUAUUUAUUAGUCUAUGAUUAAAAGUUAAAUUUAAGUAUAAGUUUGUAAGAUACCUUUUUUGCUUAUUGUGUCUAGUCCCCAAGCUAUUACGUUAAAUAAUUCUGACUGUAAAAAACGGGCCAAGUCACCGCCCGUUUCUGUCUUUUAUACCUAUUGUCCUAUGUCUAUUAUCUUAACAUAUUAUUCGUUUUUUGUCUUCCAUUUGUCAAUUCCUUCCAAAAUGUACAAAUAAGUCAAUUGAUACUUCCUCUCAUAAGGUGUGAUUAGAGCUAAAAGAAAGUAAGAAAACAUGUCAGAAAAACGCGACAUUUAUUAAUUAUGCUAAUAGCUCUAAGCAUAACCUUAAUUUCUCAUCAUUAUACUUAUUUCUUCGAAACAUUCCAGUGUGUUCUGCUUAGUAUUUUUAGUGAUAUACAUUGAUUGUAGUAGAUGUGUAGUCAAAAAAAUAAAUAUCGUGCCCCCGAGAUUCACAGCUGAAAAGCUGUUACCGCGUCGUUUUGUGAUAACUGAAUUGUCAAAUAUAAAAAAAAGCUUACCUACGUUAUGAAUUAAUUAUAUGCAUACAGUGAGCAUGCACUUUUGCAGCUGUGUGUACAUUAGCUGUCAAUUUUGAAGCAUGACCAUGUUACACUACAUAUCUAUACAAUUAAUGAAUAUUUGGUUUUAGUUUUUAGUUAAUGCACUUGCGGAUUCCCUUGAUGUUGCUCAUUACGCGGUAGCUAAGACUGAUGUCGACCACCGAUCUUGUGGAAAUGCCAAAUUAUUAUGAACCAAAACGUUAAUUUUAGUUGGGUAUAGUCAUCGGAAUAAGGUACCUUAAUCAAAUGUGCGAAGGACGAUUAUUCAUUGACGUGUACUUAUAUUUGUUGUAUUCUUGUCUAGACCUGUGUUUAGUGCCUACUGAUUUGAACUGUCCAAAAAUGCACUUAAUUUAUAGUUCUUAUUUUUAAUAAUCUUAUUGCGUAUUUCUAAUGGGCAGCUUGAUUUCAAGAAUAAGGAGUAACUGACCAUGUAAGCGUAAAUAAUCAAAUAAAAUACCACUUUGUUAAUAAUGUUGGGUAAAAUAUAAAUACACAAAACUUGGCUUGACACACUACCGUGCAACCUUAUUAUAAGUUCAGAUUAACACCUUUUUGUAUUACUUUUUAACGUCCGAGUCAAUUUGUAUGAUGACUUUUAUUUUUUAAGACUUAAUACAAUUUUUAAAUAAUUUUAUUCAAAGCAUGAUUUAAAAUCGAAAACUAACUUUAAAACUAUUUUGGUAUUUCUUUUUCUCUUUUAGCUUUGUGCGAUAUAAGUAUAGACUCGUAACGCUCGCUUCUUGAAACAUACAAAAUAAAGUUUAGAAUGAAACUAAGCCACUUAUAACAGUUCUAAGUUUACUUAAAAUGCCCGAAUUUAAACUCUCACGAGCAGAGCCAGGAAUUUUCGCGGUAAAACAAAAGACUGACGUAUUCUAGCUAGUGUUGGAAACAUUUUUAUUAUCGAUGUCGAGUGUUAUUAUAUAAAAAACAUGCCAAAAUAUUGACAUUAUCCUGAACAUCGUACCAAUUACAAUUAAUUUUAUAAAAUUGCUCACAUCACGUCGAGUGAAGUUGAAUGUUAAUUUAGUAUACAUUAAAAUGCUGUAUAGUAACGAACUAAACUGUCUACUAACAGAUAAUGUUCAGAAAUUAAUUAUAUCUACUCCGAUCACUAUCACAAACCAAAUAUAAUAUCAUGUGCUGCUGUGUGUACUGACGGGGAUUUGAAAGAAGAAAUUGCUUCUGUUUCUAUAUAGUUUUUAUUCGGUUUUCAAGCGCUGGUGGCCUAGCGGUAAAAGCGUGCGACUUGCAAUCCGCGGCAAGAGGUACCAGGUUCAAACCCCGGCUCGUAUCAAUGAGGUUUUCGGAACUUAUGUACGAAAUAUCAUUUGAUAUUUACCAGUCGCUUUUCGGUGAAGGAAAACAUCGUGAGGAAACCGGACUAAUCCCAACAAGGCCUAGUUUACCCUCUGGGUUGGAAGGUCGAAUGGCAGUCGCUUUUGUAAAUACUAGUGUCUAAGCCAAUUCUAGGGAUUAGUUUCCAAGCGGACUCCAGGCUCCAAUGAGCCGUGGUAAAAAUCAGGGACAACGCGAGAAAAAAAAAAUUUAGUGGACUGUCUUUUUCUUCUAAUACAAAACUAUCGAUAUCGAUAAAAAACGUUUCUAACACUAGCUAGAUUGCGAAAGUCUACUAGGCUCCGAAAAAGGUCGCCGAGUGACUAAAACACACGUGAGCUUAACCGUAACUUAGUACUUAAAAUUGUGUUAGAAUAAAAAAUGUCCUUUUUAAGGCUCUGUGGGCGUUACGAGUAUUAAGUGCAAUAUUGUUACGAUUGGUCUUGCCGAGACAUUGUGAUGGUUUUCGCGUUAAGUUUAAGUUAGGUUAUUUUGAAGCUUAUAUCCAAAGCAUAAUCGUAGAUUAAUUAGACAAGUACAAUUUACAUUAUUUUGUAUUGCGUUGAUUGCCAUGAUGAGUCUUUCGAUUAAGUCUACUGUUUACUGGGGGCUUAGAAAAGAUGCCAAUCGUUUGUUACUCUUACGUAUUAGUGCGACAGAGACUGAUAGCGUUUCGGUGUUGUAGCGAAAACGAUUGGCAUUGUAGCUAGGCACCAAGAUGAGAAAGUUACAAAAAAUUUAAAAAUUUGAAUAUGUUUCCGGACUUUUAGAAAUUUUCUCAUAAAUCAUUUAAAUUAACUUUUCGGAUAAUUUCACAAGGAAUUUCCACGUUUUUUCUAUGUGGAAAAUCUGGAUUUUUUGGAAAUGUUCUCUUAGUAUUUCCGUACAUCCACUGCGGUGUACGCUACCCUAGGUCUGGUCAAAAGUGAUAACGUAACGAACUGAAAAAUGUAUUCUAUAUAAUAAACUAAAACUAACACUGUUAUGGGCUCAGCGCCUGAAAUAAAUGGUGUAUUCCUAUUUGUCCCCGCUGGGCACAGAUGGGAAUAGGCGAUGCAUAUAAAUCAUUCCUAUUUGACCCCGCCUCAUAUCAUGGCGGCCACGUGCAGCGGGGACCAAUGGGAAUACCCCAAAUAAAUGACAAUUUUAUUCAAUUUGAGUCCAACAUGUCCGCCGUUUAGCCGUGCGCCGCAGUGGGAUAUUAAUCUUAUUGUUACCCGUAAAAGACCCAGUAACACGCGUUAUUGUUGAUUUCGCUCGAAACUAAGCUUAAGUAUAUGUUAAGGUUUUGCAACACCUUUUAACUUAUUUACCAAACGCGUACACGGUAUACGGUUUUUUUUAAUACUUUUUAGUUAGUUCUUCUUUCAGUGUAUUCAUCCUUACUUGUCCUAUCAUGUAAACAAGCACUUCUCGAAGACAUUAUCACACUUUUCUCUGGAAUUACACAUUAAUCAGCACAUAAAAUGUUGUAGUAUUGAAAUCAACCAAAUAACUUCUGAAAAAUAUCAUUUAUAAUAAGAUAUUUAUCAAUACUCGCAGUAAGGAGAAAAAAAAGAACGGAUCAUUUGACAUUACGAUGUCUAGAUUGUCUAUGAAUACGUGUUGUUGGAACGUCACGUUUGUUAAGCCCGACCAGAAAUAUAUGACCAUUGUCAAGAGGGCGCUGUUAUUCUCAUGUAUAGGGUGACAGAUCAGUUUAAUAUGAAAAAUACGGCCAGCCUUCUAGGCACCUUGCCCAUUGACGGCGAUUUGGGCCAAUUUUUUUUAUCUAUAGUUUAAGUUGUUAGUAAGUUUUAUUAUGUAUGUUUAUUUCUUUGUUUUUGGAUAUUAAAAGUAUCAAUAGAGUGAUUCUUGAAAAAUUUAGUUCCAUAGAAAUUCCGAAACAUGGCGCGUGAUCAUAUAUUAUUGGUCAGGCUUUACAUGAUAAGACACGUAAGGAUGAAUACACUAUAUUACUACCAAGAAAAUUCUACGAAUGGCAUUUAAUUUUGUAUUAUUUGACCGCUCUUUUACAAUCUAUACUCUUUACAAUACUUAUACAUCAAAAAUCUCGUAAAAAAUAUCUCUGAGUUUGAACUUUGCUUUAAAUGAAUUUUUGUUUUACUUUUUUUAUAUAAAAAUAUAUUUUAACAGUUUACUUAGUUUUAUGGUUAUUAACUUAAAAUCACACCAUUUCGUUAUACUACACACACACCACCAUAAAAACAUUAAUUCGAAAAAAUACAAAAUUUCCAAAUAGGUACCUAAUUUGUAUUUUUUUUAGAAUCUUCGGUAUUAUUUUGAAAACCUACGACGCAUUGAAAUUUGUACCUUAUGGUUUGAAGGUAUUUUUUUCAGUGUGAAAGUUUUCUGAAUAUAUUGUCUUAAAAUGGAACAUUAAAUACACACGUGAUAACUUUUUUAAAGGAAAUAAAGGACAAGUAUAUUUAAUAUUUAUACGACAAUGUAUUAAACUGUAUUAUAUCCAUCACAAGUUAAUAGAUAAGUAUGAAACUAACCUUUUGUACCAUUCGAAAUAGAUUUUGAUAGAUAUAGUCGUAGCUAUAUGUCUAUAAGUAACCAUAAUAUAUACUAUAUGUGUAAGAAAGCACAAAAUUCAAAGCACUCGAGUUUCUAUACUUAUGGUACCUAUCGUCGUUUUUAUAUAAAUACGUUUUAUAUAAUCGUGUUGUAUACGUGUAGGCAACAUGUACAUCGAUAUGUAUAUUAUGUGUAAUUGUAACCUUCAUACUGUUUUGUAUUUAUGUAUAUAUGGACGUCCACACCAUGCACUUUUAUCACUAAAUCUUGUUUUAAUGUAUGGUAUUAUACGUUGACUGUCACAUUGCCUGCAUGCGUGUCUUACGAUUUACGCUACGAGACGCCAGCGCAGUAACAUCUGCCAUAUAAUUUAAUACUUUACAAACAUAGUAUGUGCGCGCUAGAAUAUAUUAUGAUGGCCUGUUAUGGCAUCAGAUACAUAAUUUAAAAAAAAGGACUGCGGUGUGGACGUGCCUUAUGGAAAGCCUCGCAGCGUUGUGGCGCGUUUUUAUGUAUGACCAAUAUACACUGAAGAGCAUUCAGAAUUGGUCAUUAUGUUUGUAACUUCCAUUCCAAAUGACCUAAUUUCUUGGCUCUUGAGUGUGUUUGUAGCGAAAUCGUUAUAAGUACCUAUAGUAUGGUUCAAAUUAUAUGAUGAACUCUUUCAGGAUCUACUGUCCUCAUUUGCUAUGUCUUUCUCUAUACUCUGUAUCUUUAGGUAUUUAAAUAAAACUAAACAAAAUCUACCCUCAAAUGGCUCCUUAAACCAGUUGAGGGUAGAUGAAAACAUUACAUCAAAUAAUGUAGGUUAAAGUCAGGUCGCUCAGUGACAGAUCCAGGCGGUUUUGUAUUUGGUUGGUUAAUCAAUAAAUGUUGAGACUACCCGAAAAUGUACAAAUUGUUUGUUAAUUUUAAUUAAAUACCUAAAGAUAGAGAGUAUUUAUACAGGGUGUAAUCGUUAAGUGUGGCCAGGCCAUAAUUCCGUAAAUAUAACAGAUAUCAGAAAACUUCCAACUGAUAUCGAAAGUGCGUUACCCAAUGAGUAAAAUUACAUUAAAAACUUUUUUUGAAUAGAUGAAGUAAUAUUAAAAAUACUAAGUUAAAACACUCCCAUACAUUUAGUAUGACGACUUACAGCCUCAAAGAAUGUCGGGUGUCGUAAGAGGUAAAACUGUUUGAGAUUCGUUAUUUGUACGAAUACAUUGUAAUAAAAUAAUAAAACUACCGUUUAUGAAAUAAUUACUCUAACAUUUAUUUUGAAAUUAAUAAUUAUUUUAUUUACAACAGUUGCUCGAUGUGACGUCCUUCUUGUGCGAUACAUACACGGGCCCUCCUAACUGUUUCUAAAUGAUGAAGAAAUGAUAAUUAAUUGAUAUGGAGUAAGUGGUUAACAUAAGAAAAUUCAUGAAUCAUUUGAUAACGGUGAAAUGCCUCGGCCGUAUAAACUAGUAUUUGAAUGAACGGCUUACCUACUAAAUGUAUGGAAGGGUUUGAAGUUUAUAUUUGGGAUAUUUCUGGUUUUAUUUAAAAAAAGUUAUGAAUGUAAUUUUACUCAUUGGGUAACGCACUUUCGAUAUCAGUUGGAAGUUUUCUGAUAUCUGUUAUAUUUACGGAAUUAUGCUCUGGCCACACUUAACGAUUACACCCUGUAUAGGCAGAUUGAGAUGACACCACGCGAGAUAGUUGUGAUAGCUAUUAUAAAAAGUUCUUCAAGCACUACUUUAUUUAAGUUGCAAAAUAUAAUGACGAUAUUUUCCGUCUGAAAACUAAAUAAUUAUAUCUCCAAAAUUUCCAACAACCACUAUUUUCCACCAUGUGUGUAAAUCGAAAUAACUCAUGAAAAUAUUAUAAAUAUAUAUACCCUGAGGCCUAUAUUUAUUUGUUCCUAUUGAUAGUACGGUUGUGACCCCAACGAAUGACCCCUGAGAGUUCUAUAUUAUGAUAAAAAUGUAUAUAUUGUGUCGGAAAAGGCGUAAAAUCCCUCGUGGAUCAAUUUAUUGCCUACCUAUGAACCUUUCAGUUUUACUUUCAGACAAAAUGUGAAUUGCUCGAAACAAUCUGCAUGUCGUGCUGGGAAACCUUCGCUACGUUCAGGAUUCCACUUGUGAAAUUGCUUGAUACACUUGUGGUUUCAAUAUGGAAUCUUUGCUGGCUGGGGUCUUAAUAUAAAUACAUAUUCGCAUAAUCAAUUGAUAUAAAUAGAAUUUUAUUGUUCGAUUAUGGUAGCGCGAUAAUAUUGACUAUGAGGGACAGUUACGUACCGAGUUACGCGAAGGCAACGCUGUGCGAGGCAGGCAUGUACUUACAUAUUGAUAUUGUAAUAACUUUAUCAUUGCAAUUUAUAAACAUUCCAUCGCUUGUGAA